AUGAAAUCAAACCAGCGCGAUAUGCCUUAUGAAUAUAGAUAUGACGACUAUAUGUAUAUAUAUGAAGAUUAUUUCUGCCUAAACCAGUAUUGCCCUGAAGCCGAAGAAACCACUUUAAGCGAGCUUGUGUUUAAGGGUAAACAGAAUGGCGUCACUGUUCCAUAUGGAUCAAACCAGCACGAUAUGCCUUAUAUAUAUGUAAAUGAAGAGCGUCUGUAUAUAUUUGAAGAUUCUUUCUGUCUAAACCAGGAUUUCCCUGAAGCCGAAGAAGCCACUUUCAGCGAGCUUGUGUUUGAGUUCAAAGUCCAUUAUAAAAAAUUGAAGGUGAAAGGCUGCGGAGUACGACUUUUGGAGGACCCUCAUUGUAUUAUUGCCGGAAAAGAAGUUGGAAACGAAGAAAAAUCUGGAGGUGAUGAGGAUGCAGAGACGAGGAGCAGCAAACGAAUGAGGAUAACUCAGAACCAUAUGGUCUAUGUGACCAGAUUUCAUAUCAAGCAAAGAUAUUUAUCAGCAGCUGAAAAAACGAGAACCCCUGUUUAUAUGACGUGGCAUCCUAAAUACACAGGUGGCAUACGGUUCUACAUCUCUUGCUUUGGGUUUUUCGACAUGCGCGCCUUCGUCAAGGAUUCUCCGGCUGAAAUGGCGGAAUCUACGGCGGACGCAACGGCAUCAAACGCCGAUACUCUGAUGCUGCAGUUAAAGAAGGCACUGACGGCGAUUCUCGACGACGGAGGAGUAAGCGAAGGUCGCGGUAAGACUGACGGAACUUCUGGAGUCUUGGAAGCAAUUGAUGAGGCGAUUAGGAUCCUGAAUCGACUGAGGGAAGCUGAAUCGAAGAAGCCGGAAUCUGAUACUUCUUCUUCCGCUUCUUCUAAGGCUUCGUUGCCCAAAGUGCCCAGAGAGUUUCAAUGUGCGCUCUCCUAUGCGAUCAUGAGCGAGCCUGUAGUCAUCGCUUCUGGGCAUACCUAUGAAAAAAGAUAUAUCACACAGUGGUUGAUGUAUAAACAGACGUGCCCCAAAACCAAAGAAGUCCUCUCUCAUCGUUUGUGGACUCCGAACAGUUUGAUCGAUGGGUUGAUUACGGAGUGGUGUCGGGUCAACCAAUACGACCGGCCAAAACCAUCUUAUCAAAAACCCAUCGGGAUGUUCAGUGAUUACAUAGACGCAUUGCUCCAGCGGAUUUCAUCUCCUUCCUCUGUUGAAGAACAGACAGAAGCUGCAAAUGAGGUGCGUCGCCAGACCAAGAGAUUUGCCAAUGUCCGGGCCUUCUUUGUCGCUGAAAUCCCUGAUUCGAUCACCCGCUUGAUCAGUCCGCUCUCUGCUUUCGGCGACGCUGUUGACUCGAAUCCGGACCUUCAGAAGAAUAUCAUCACAACAUUGCUCAACAUCUCGACUCUCGAGGAGAAUAAGACGGUAGUUGCUAAAACCCCUCAUGUGAUCCCACUGCUUACAAAGUCUCUGAAGCAGGGGACAGCUAAGACACGGAGAAACUCUGCGGAGGCUUUGUUUUUACUUUCGGUCGUUGAUGCUAACAAGAUCAUCAUGGGGAGCUCGGAAACACUCAGGGCUCUGAUAGAUGCUAUCAAAGAUGGUGAUUUCUCGGUCACCACAGAAGCGACUGCUGCGGUUUUCAACCUCUGUAACGUGUCGGAGAACAGGGAAAAGGCGGUUUCAGAAGGUUUGAUAUCCGUGCUGAUCAAUAAGAUCAAAGAAGGAGGCAAGGUGGGUCUGUUGUUAGCUGUAUUGGCAUAUAUGAUUUCAUACGACGGGGCAACUGAAGAAAUGGAGGAUCCAGAGUUUAUCGAUCAUCUGUUCAGUAUCUUGAGGAACCAGAACCGCGCAGAGAAUUGCGAGAACGCUGCAACGAUCGUGUUUCACAUGUGCGACCUGAAAACCGGUGACAGUAACAGAGAAAGGACUAUGCUGGAAGCACUAAAUGAAGAGGAGCGUAAAUACGGGACGUUUACGAAGCUUGCGGAGCAAGGAUCAGCUCGUGCAGUGAGUAAAGCUGGAGAGAUUUUGCAGAGGCUUGAGAGACACGGUACUGUUCAAGAGCCACAACUGGGAUGAAGGAAUCACCAGAAAAGGCAGUUUUUCGUAGAUACAUAAAGAUAGCUUUACAAAAACUUACUCUUGAAAUUCUUGAUACAUAUACCGAUCCAAGAUAAGAUCGUAAAUAGUCUUAGAAUUAGAAAGUUUAUGAAGGUAGGAGGAAAAGUUGUAUAGAUAGAUAGAAUGAUAAGUGCCUGAAGAAGGCCUCAGUUUUGCGUACUCUUGACUUUGCUGGAAGGAAAAGUUUAAUCGACUUUGCUGCUUUACUGAUUCAUUUUCCGGCCAGUGGCACGAUCGUGAAUUGAAGGUUUACAAAAGCAAGGUUCUGUAUAACUAACGUUCUGU